AUGAAUCGCAUUUUUAUUUUUUUUUAUAUUUUUAUAUUUUUAAAUACUAAUAUUUGUUAUGGUAAAGAUAAUAAAAAAAACAAAGUUGAUUUGAAAGCAACUUCUAAAUCUCUUUCAAAAUAUGUUGAUAAAAAAAAAGAUCCUUGUAAUAAUUUUUAUGAUUUUGCCUGUGGAAAUAUGAUUAAAAUGAAAAAAUCAAAAAAUGAAAGUGAAACCAAUGCUUUUAGUCUUUUUAUAGCUGAUUUAUUUGAUGAAAAAUAUUACAAUGGUUCAGCGGUAUUAAAGAAAUUAUCAAUGAUGUAUAAUAAAUGUUUAUUACUUAUGGAUGAGGAUUCUUUAACAAAUUGUAUCAUGACUGUAGAUGAUUUUGGAUUAUAUGCAUAUGUUACAUUUUUUAUAAAUCAUAUUGAAAGCAAAAAACAAUUUGAAAAACAUUAUGAUUUUGUUAAAAAAAUGAUUGAUAAUAUUAUAAGUGUAUUCAAAGAAUUAAUCGAAAAAAAAGAUUUUCUUGAUAAUAAAACAAAAAAGAAUUAUUUAAAAAAAAUUGAAAGUAUGAAAUUGUAUAAAAAACACCAUGAAAAUUUAAAAGAUAUAACAUUAAUGGAAGAAUGUUAUAAACAUUUUAAAUUUACAUCAAAAGAUAAUGCAGAUACAAUGAUUAAAAAUAUGCAUAAAUAUGCUAAUUCUUUUCCAAAAAAAGAUAAAGUUUUAAGAAGGAAAUGUAUUGAUCAUGUUAUAGGAAAGAUAGAUGAAGGUCUUCCUAUCUUAUUAUUGACAACUGAAAAUGCUUUUUAUGAUUCUAGAAAAAAUAGAUACACAAUUAAUCCAAUGAUAUUUAAAGAUCCUUACUUUGAUAGUCGUUUUCCUAUAUCACUUAAUUAUGGAUCUCUUGGUUUUGUAAUUGGACAUGAAUUAAUUCAUGCACUUGAUUAUAUUAAUAUAAAUAUUGAUCAUGAAGGAAGAUUUAAUCCAAACAUGACAAGUUGGCAAUCAUUGAAAAAAUAUAAAGAUAGGGGAAAUUGUUUUGUAAAACAAUAUGGUUAUGAACAUAAAGAUAUUGAUAAAUUAGAUUUUGAGGAAAUGUUUACAUUAAAAGAAGAUAUUGCUGAUAAUGGUGGUAUCAAACUUGCUCAUAAAGCUUAUAAAAAACAUAUUGAAAAAAAGAAAGAAGAUAAACUUAAAAUUCCAGGUUUUGAAAAAUAUACAGGAGAACAAUUAUUUUUCAUUAAUUAUGCCAGAUUUUUCUGUAACAGUUAUAGAAAAAAUGGUAAUAUUAAAAAUUCUAAAAGUAAAGUACAUAAUUCGGAUUUUAAACGAAUUCAAAAUACUUUAGGAAACUAUGAACCAUUUGCAAAAGCUUUUAAAUGUAAGAAAGAGAGUAAGAUGGUGAUAAAUAAAAAAUGUGAAUUAUGGUAA